AUGGACGAAUUAUCUUUAUCAACUCAUAGUGCCGUAAAGUCCAAAAUAGUUUGGCGUCCAUUAUUACUAAAUCUUCGGUGUAUACAAGUGCCACUUACCCAAGUACCUUCUGUGCUAGACCUAUAUUCAUUUGACACAAUAUCAUCCGGAGGUAGUAAUCUUGGUGAAGGUUAUACUAUUUUAUCUCAAGACUGCACAAAUAGGGGUCGAUUAUGUGACGGGGAUGUGAAGAGCAUUACACUUAUUGAUGAAGAUGCAACACAACUAACUAAGUCGAAAUUGGCAUAUGUAGAAUACCUUGGAUAUUCUAUUCGAAAAGGCCAUAUUGUAGUUCUUCGAGAUAAACCACUUAAUCUAUAUAAUAUCAAGUGCCACGGUAACCAUGAUCCUGAACAUAUUAGAAAAAAGCCAUAUCAAAUGGCAAAGAAAGAAAUUUGA